AUGGACUUCUCGAACCCCGAAAGAAACCCAAAUGCGCCCUUGCGCUUGCUAUCGUUGGAUGGAGGAGGCGUACGAGGACUGUCAUCGUUGCUGGUACUCGAGAAUCUGAUGGAGAACAUAGCCUUGGAAGAAAAGAGGCUAGGAAGGAGAGCAAUGAACGAUCACGAACCACUGAAACCCUGUGACUACUUCGACCUCAUUGGCGGAACAUCGACAGGCGGCAUAAUAGCCAUCAUGCUUUCACGGUUACGACUCAACUGCAAGGACUGCAUUGCGGUUUAUAGUAAACUAGCCGAGCAGAUCUUCAAGCAUGAUAGGUCGCUCAAGGCAUUCGGCAUGAAGAUUCCGACAGGAGCUAGUCGUUUCUCCGGAACCGUCCUCGCAAACGCCAUCAAAACUGCGCUGAAAGAUCUGGGCUUCGAUCCAAACGAACUCAUGUGGGACGAGGCACUGUUCGAAGAGGUGGACGAAGCAAACGACCUGCCCAGGGACAGCAUCUGGGCAGAUGCAGCACCAGAACCGAUGAUCUCAGAGAGCCCGGUCGCCACACUCAAAAACUCUGAAUGUUCACUGGCGUCUGGACCCCCUGACAGCAUCGAUAGUACAAUAGCUCCGUCAACACUAUAUAGUGACAGUCCAUUCGGCCCCAGAAAACCAAUGCGAAGCGCGACCUGGAAGCUCCACCACCGGCAAUCCGUCCACAGAAAAGCAGAUGCAAAAGGCUGCCGCGGCUUCGUCCUCACCUCUCUGAAAAAUGCGCUCGGCCUCCCUAGAAUCCUAUCAACCUACGACCCCAACGACCGAACAACACGAAUCUGGGAGGCCCUCCGAGCCACCUCGGCAGCACCAACAUUCUUCGAAGAAAUGCAGUUCGGCACACCCAAAGUCACCUACCUAGACGGUGGCGUAGGUUUCAAUAACCCCUGUGCAGAAGUCGACUACGCAGCAAAAGCCCUGUGGGAAGGCCGCUUAAUCGGCGUCAUAGUCUCUGUAGGCACAGGUCUCCAAAGUAUACCCAGCGUGAAGAAAAUGGCAUCCUGGCUGCCCUUUGGCCUCGGGACAGAUAUUUCCAUCGCCAGCGCCCUCACAGGAAUGGCCACGUCCACGGCACGCGUCGACAACGAAAUGAAGCGCAUGUACAGCAACUCGGACACGAAGUACUUCCGCUUCGACGUCGACCGCGGCCUUGCAGACGUCAGUCUAGAGCAAUGGAUGAAGGAAGAUGAAAUGGCAAGUUUGACAGAACUCUACAUGAACGACGGCGAGCAAAUCCGCUCUGCAAAGGAUUUCGGUCAACGCAUGGCGAAACUCUCGGCGCUGCCACCGAAAUUCGAAAUCAGCGCUAGUCACUUCCGGCUCGGUAUGACGGGGCGCGGGUUAAUGGAUUCUUCGUUCCAACUCGUGCAAGUCGAUUUCAAAACGGGCAUGCCACUAGGUGUAUCUCCACAUCUGGACGAUUUACCACGCAUGUCUCAAUUCCGCGAUUUGUCGCCGAGUGGUGAGAGUGGACUUGCGCUCGAUUCUACAACUGGUCGGCUUAAAAGAGUCUACCCUGUAGCCGAGGACCUAGACCACGAUGGGAGACGCGAGGAAGCAGCCGUGUACCAAUGUAUCAAGGCUGAUAAUAUAUGUCUCCGCACGAUCAAAACGGGAAUACCCCAGGGCAAAUACAAAGUCCAGUUCCUCGUCUCCUUCCACAAUAGCACACAUACUCCGCCCCGGGAUCUGGUUUUCAGCGUCGGCAAACCUUUCGAUCCGAAUACAUUUUCGAAUCGCUACGUUGAUGUCAAGAUCACUCCAGAUGUGGGGAGUGUGUUGUUGCAUCCGGAUGCGGUGAGGGUGAGAGUGGGGUCGAAGCGGUAUGAAGAGUUCAAAGGGAAGGGAUGGGUAGAGAUCGAGGGGGAUAUCGAGGUUAGUGUGGGGUUGGAUGGGGCAUUGGGGUUUAUUGUUAGUAAGAGGUUCAAAGAGGGCGUUUUUGUUGAUGGGUGGAGUUUUGGGGGUGUGAGGUUGGAGCCUGUGUUCGGAAGUGCGACAGUGCGGGUGGAUAGCCCGAGGAUCUCGACGUAA